GUUAUUUUAUUUAAGCUGUGCGAGUGUUGACUCCGCAAGUUUUUUGCGCGGACGUCGUAAGAUUUUAGCCGAGUGAAAUUUUGAAACAAAUCUUAAAGUUAUUGUUUAAAUAAUUAAUAUAAGUAAUGUAAUUGUUUAAAUUAAGACGAGAAGUGAGAAUUAAGACAAUAGCAAAAAAGAUUUUGUUUUCUUAAAGACCAUUUGGUAAAGUUUACCGUUACCUUGAUGGUAUGUGAGGUUUGCUAAACCUUUUGAUAAUUGGAAUUAAAAAAGAAUUAAUCUAUAAAUUCGGUGCUAAAAUGGAGAAGUUAUCUAAUUCGAUGAGUUUAACACAAAUAAUCCACAAGAUAGCGUUGGAUCCAUUCGGGAUAGACAUUAGUUUAGGUCUGCUAGACUCGAAUUCAGAGAGUACAAACUUAAUACCAAUUGGAGCAAAGAUAUCAAUGGAUACUUUAAAUUCUCUAUCCAAGCCAAUAGCUAUUACUGAAAAUGCGAAUGCAGUUGUAACUGACCCAGUAUUUAAUACAGUGCCGUUACCAAUAGCAGACAACACUGUUAGUAAAUAUGAACUAUUGGCACAAUCAUUAAAACCAAUAGAAACAACACCACCAGCACCUCAAUGGAUUCCAACGGAAUCAGUUGAUAUUGGGUUUAUACGUAAUACGUUACAAUCAUCAUUAUUGAAUGAUAUACUCAUACUACCAACACCACCAUCAUCUCCGGAGUUGAAUCAAGUGACUCUACGUAAUAGAGUGUCUCAAUCCCGAUUAUCUGCAAAGGAUAAUAAGUGGAUAUCUUAUAUUUCGAAAUCACGUACUAUACCAAUGGAGGUGAAAUCACGUACAAUAGUGGAAAUCGGUGAAGAGGAAGAAGGCAGCUCUUCUGUUAACAUACAUCGUCAAAUAAUGGGAGCAAUGGCUUCGUUACCACCACCUACUUCCUGGUACUUUUCAAGUAUAAUUGAACCAGAAUUACAAAAUAUCGUUUCUACAGCCAGUUUGUCAUGCGUGCUUGAUUUAAUGGACAUUUCAUUAAAAGCACGUAAUACCGAGUAUUCUCCACUUCGCUUCGCCGCUAUUAUUAUGCGCAUACGUGACCCACGUACGACUGCUCUAAUAUUCAAGAGUGGCAAAUUAGUCUGCACAGGUGCCAAAUCAGUGGAUCUAUCCCGUUUAGCUUCACGUAAAUUUGCACGUAUUAUACAAAAGUUGGGAUAUCAUCCAAGGCUUCAGAACUUCCAAAUUCAAAAUAUCGUUGGUUCUUUUAAUGUAAAAUUCGAAGUGGAAUUAAAUGCUUUAUGUGCUGGAAAUCAUCCCUUUGCUUGUUAUGAACCGGAAAUAUUUCCAGGACUAAUAUAUCGUAUGGUAAAGCCACGCAUUGUUCUAUUGAUAUUCACUUCCGGAAAGGUUAUUAUAACUGGAGCACGUGAAGAAGCACAAAUAAAGUUGGCGUUUAAUUUAAUUUAUCCUAUAAUAUUAAAAUAUAGGAGAUCAAGAUAUUGUUCUGAAACCAUAGAUUAAAAAUGGUUUACACCAAUGUUUAGACAAAAAAAAAAUUAUGUAAUC